CUUCAGUCUGUUGCGAACUUGCAAGAGGAGUAGAAGCAUGAAUCAAGCUAAUGUCGAAAAUUUAGUUUCCAAAUUAAAAUACAAUGUAAAACCAAAACGUAAAUUAAAAAGCUCAGAUGGACCGCAAGGAAGGAUUCGAAAAAUUCAAAAAACUUUAACAGCAUUGGUGAAAUAUGAAAGAAUCGAAUUAAAUUAUGGCCGAGCCGAUGAAACAAGAGGUUAUGUUGAACGUUUAAUAUCAGAAGCUAUUCGUCAUGGCCCGGAGCAUGAAACAACAAUGAAAUUGGCAGAUUUCUGGAUUCUUGAGAAACAACUUGUUCAUAAACUUUUUAAAGUACUCGUACCAAGGUACAAGGACUAUGCGGUUUCUUAUACAAAACUUCAUAAAGCACCGUUCAUGUAUCCUACUAGUAGAUAUCCAAGAGCUGUUUUAGAACUCAGAGGAAAUAUAUAUCCAAGCGUUGAACAAAAUUAUCCAAAUGAACAUAAUUUACUUCACAAUAUUUUGCUUAGCGCAGCAAGGAAAGAAUUUAGAUUGGAAAAAUACAAAGAAAUUGCUGAUAAUAUAAUAAAUAAUAAUAAUGCAAAUAAAUAAUAGAGGUAAUUCAAUUGUAUUGAUAUUAGUUUUCUCUACAGUUAAUCUCUUAUAUAAUAUUAAUUAUAAUAAAUAGAAAUUAAAAUAGAGUAA